UCUCUCUCUCUCUCUCUCUCUCUCUCUCUCUCUCUCUCAACCAUUUGAAAACGAUUAACGAAACUUCCUCUUUUCUCACUCUGAUUACUCUUUUCAUCCUCUCUCUCUUCUUCUUCCCAUUUCUUUCCCUUCAGAAACUUCCUCUUUUUUUACCCUUUGACUUUUCUCUCUUGACCCGUGAUUCUCUCCCUCUGGGUUUUCUGUUUCUGUAUCAAAGUUUCAACCUUUUUGUAAUUUCCAUGGAUCUCAUUACAAAAAUUCACACUUUUGUUUUCUGGGCUACUGUUGUUUCUUCUCACUCAAUCUAACUCAAUUGAAAAAAAAUCAUUUUUUUUAUAGUGAUUUUGUUUUCUUCAAUUUUGGGUUUUGUUUGAUUAUGCUGCUUUGGUGGCUCUGGAAAUUUAAACAAGUACCUUAUCAUUUAAUCUUUUUUAUUUAUGUUUUAUAGAAUCUGCAUACAUACUUAAUAAUCAAGUUUAGCUUUUUAAUGAUAUAGAGAACAGAUUGAGUACUCUUUUGUUACUUUUUUUGAUGUUAUUAAGGAACUUUUUUUGGUAACAAGUUAUUAAGCAACUUUGGUUUGGAUAGUUGUUGAUUCUUUUCAACUUUUGAGCUAUGUUCUCUUGGAAUUUUGUGACUUGUUGCAUCAUAUCAUGUCUUAUGUGAUGUGAGGUUUUGCAGCUACCUUUUGUUCAGAUUUGUGUUAUACAAGUUUUCUAUUUAUAGAUUGUUUUUGUUUUUACUUCUUUUCUAGAAAAUUCAAGCUCUUAUUUAGUAUCAUCAUUAGUGUUAUCAUAUCUCACAUUAAUGUUUUUGAGUUUUGUGGUAUAAGAAGAUUAUGUUAUAGGUUCAUAUAGAUUCUCAAAUUAAUUAAUGGCUAAUUCGGCUGAACCCUCAUCGUCUUUGAGCAAUAAUACAUCAUCGUCACACUUGUCAAAUGGAUCCAUUAGUCACAACAUAUGCCCUAAUGGCUCCGAUCAUGCUCGUAACCUCGAGGUUAUAAGUUUGAAUAAGCUGAGUUCUAAUUUGGAGCAGCUUUUGAUUGAUUCUGAUUAUGAUUAUGGUGAUGCCGAUAUCAUUGUGGAGGGAAUUCCGGUGAGAAUUCAUCGGUGUAUUCUAGGUUCUAGAAGUAAGUUUUUCCAUGAAAUAUUUAAGAGGAGUAAAGAUAAAGGAUUGUCGAAGAAUGAAGGGAGAUUGAAGUAUUGUUUGAGUGAUUUGUUGCCUUAUGGCAAAGUUGGUUAUGAAGCUUUUCUUAUAUUCUUGAGCUAUGUAUAUAGUGGUAAACUUAAACCCUCUCCAAUGGAGGUGUCUACAUGUGUUGAUAAUGUUUGUGCUCAUGAUGCUUGCGGACCUGCAAUUAAUUUUGCUGUGGAGUUAAUGUAUGCCUCUUCCAUUUUUCAAAUACCAGAGUUGGUAUCACUUUUCCAGAGACGUCUUCUUAACUUUGUCGGGAAGGCUCUUGUGGAAGAUGUCAUUUCAAUCCUUAUGGCUUCUUUCCAUUGUCAAUUGAAUCAACUCGCCGCUCAAUGUGUUGACAGGGUGGCACGAUCGGACCUUGACCAGAUCUCAAUUGAGAAAGAGCUUCCCCAUGAGCUCUCGGAAAAAGUUAAAUUGCUCCGCCGCGACCUUCAUCAGAAUGACGAAAACGAUGCUCCUGUAGUGGACACUUUGUCCCUAAAACGAAUUACUAGAAUUCACAAGGCAUUGGACUCGGACGACGUCGAGCUUGUUAAACUUCUUUUAAACGAGUCAGACAUUACUUUAGAUGAAGCCGGUGCUCUCCACUAUGCAGUAGCCCACUGUGACCCUAAGGUUGUUUCUGAAGUCCUUGGAUUGGGUUUGGCUAAUGUCAAUCUUCGGAAUUCUCGAGGGUACACAGUGCUUCACAUUGCUGCCAUGCGUAAGGAGCCUUCAAUUAUAGUAUCGCUUCUUACGAAAGGGGCUUGUGCAUCGGAUUUGACUUUUGAUGGUCAGAGUGCUGUUAGUAUUUGUAGGAGGUUGACGAGGCCAAAGGAUUAUCACACAAAAACAGAACAAGGGAAAGAAACAAAUAAAGACCGGAUAUGCAUUGAUGUUCUUGAAAGAGAAAUGCGAAGGAAUCCUUUGGCUACAGAUCCCUCUGUGUCUUCCCACACAGUGGCUGAUGAUCUCCACAUGAAGCUUUUGUACCUUGAGAACAGAGUGGCAUUUGCAAGACUAUUCUUCCCUUUGGAAGCCAAACUAGCCAUGGACAUUGCACGUGCGGAGACAACAUCCGAGUUUGCUGGUCUUUCGGCAUCAAAAGGUUCCAAUGGAAACUUAAGGGAGGUUGAUCUCAAUGAAACUCCCAUAAUGCAAAACAAGAGACUUAUUUCUAGGAUGGAAGCCCUAAUGAAAACAGUCGAGAUGGGGCGGCGCUACUUUCCUCAUUGCUCGGAAGUGCUCGACAAGUUCAUGGAGGAUGACCUACCUGACUUGUUUUACCUUGAGAAGGGCACCCAAGAAGAGCAAAGAGUCAAGAGGACGAGAUUCGUUGAGCUUAAAGAUGAUGUCAACAAGGCUUUCAGCAAAGACAAAGCUGAGUUUAGUCGCUCUGGGAUUUCCUCUUCAUCAUCCUCUUCAUCCCUUAGAGAGUCUGUAUAUUAUAAGGCUAGAAAAAUGUAACAAAAAAAAGCAUAGCGUCUUUUUGUUCAUGUCUUACAUAUUUAUAGUGCAAAAUUUUAAAAGGGUAAUACCCGCCAACUCAUGUAAAAUUGUAAAAUCUCCUCUCUAUAAAAUAAUUUCCUAUCCCUUCAUUUUCGUUGUCAAA